AUGUUGUUUUUAGGUUGCAACGUUGAUCGUAUUCGAGGGUUAUCACUUGUGACACCAAAAAUGACCACGAAACGACGUAAUCAUGGCCGUAAUAAGAAGGGACGGGGACACGUCCGUCCAAUUAGAUGCACAAACUGCGGUCGAUGCGCACCAAAAGACAAGGCAAUCAAGAAGUUCGUCGUAAGAAAUAUCGUUGAAGCGGCCGCCGUCAGAGAUAUUUCCGAUGCAUCGGUUUAUGAAUGUAAGCUUUAUUCACCUGUCAUCACACCAUCAGCGGGUUACGCAUACGUUUAA